GUACGUUGUACGGGCGUCAUGUCCGUGGACCCACAUCUCGGUAACAGCAACUGAAGAUUGCGGCACUACCACGUGUUACUGACAGAAGCCGGUUCCAGCAGCUCGGCCAUUUCUUUUGCCAAAGGCAGGAGUUCAAUAACAAAGCGAUACUACAAGAACCCGGAGUACGAACCCAAGACAUAAGUUGGUGGGUCAGAGCGAGCAAGACACAGUUUCGAAGACGUAAAUUUAGAAUAAUAUUGAAGUGUGUAGGACUGAAGUGUUUUUUAUCCUGCCUCUUUGUGAAUAUGCGAUGAGAGACGGUGUGCGCGUGCGCUGUGGCAGUAAAGGCCUUUAUCCUGCCUGGCAUAUGACAAGGAUGAAGAUGGAGCUCUGAGGUGGGGUGUUUACUUAUACUGGUUGCCAAUUGGUGCUCCCUUCUUUAAAAAAAAUUAAUACCUCCUCCCCCUUCGUCCCUGCCCCUACAUCGAUAACCCUGUCUUAUUGAUACCUUCCCCUAUUAUCAUCCCCGGCGAGUUUUAUUCAACUGGAACCCAACAUCCACACACGGACAUGCAACCACAAAGUCGCCGUUCUCUCGAAUAUGACAACCCCCACGUGUGUUGGAUGGUGACUGUGAAUGGUAGUGACAAGCCUCGCUGUGGUUAUGCGAAUAUCAAGUGAUUCGUUAGUCGUAAGUGAUACAUAUUUCCGUUACUUCAAGUAUUGCCGCGUUCAUGCAGCCAUUAUGACUAACCCGAGAGUGACAUUGUGUGAGUGAUUGGUCAGUUUCGGUUUGCGAAAUUCACUGUGUGCCCCUCCAACUGUAAGCAUGCGAGGAGCGUUUUCUCCGGCUUGUCCUUUGUAUUCUGACCGAAUAAAGAAGCGACUCUGGCGGAAUUGAAUAGAGACGCUAUACGACGCUGGGUGGAGGAGGCAUCGGCGGUCGUCGCUUCCAGAGGCUUUGGCAACAAUAAUACCGAGAAACCAGGAGUGACGGCGAACAACAACAACACGAUUGAGGGGGGCUGCGUGAAGGCGGUGGCCAGUAAAACGGGCCAUCAGUGGUUCGGCACGGUACCGCCAGCAGGGCCCGACCAUCAUCACUGGUGGGCGUCCUGGCACGACUUGUGCAGUUCGGCAGCAAAAUCUGUGGGAACAGCGGCAACGAUAAGCCCUCCAGCCACCCCCAGCAGUCCAUCCAUGCCCAUGCUACUGCAGCAGCCCCCGUCGCUUCAUCGUCACAGCCCACAUGAAGAACAGCCCCUGGAUUUCUCCGUCGGAACUAUGAGUAAACACAGAGAGUCGCCGAUUAAGAGUCAGGGUCAUAAGAUGCUGCAACAAAAUGGUGGCCACCAUAUCGCCAGACAUCACAGGAACAACAACAAACAUAAUCAGGACGAAGCCCUCAGUAGAAGUUAUCACCAACAGCAACAACAAGUUUCUAGCAGUAGUUCUUCUGAAGACGAAGGAGUUGGUCCUCCCUCGCCCUCGGCAGCAGAAUCGCCUGGACCUCUCCGGGGAGAUGAUGCUCGCGACCCUGCCAUGAGGGAGAAGCGUUGCUGUAAAAGUCACGGGAAGUUAUGGAUUGGCGACACUGAUGUGUCAUGGCGACCGGAAGCGCAGAAAGAUGAAGAUCGCACUGCAACACUUCACGCCAGGCUCGGACUCGGAACAGCCCCCGAUCCCAUAGGAAGAAUGGACAUAGAUCCUGUAUCGCCCGCUACGCGCGAUGCCGGGCUGAACGGUGACGUCAGCAACGACGAGCACAGUAUUAGUAGCGACGUUGCGGCAGACCUGCCGCAAGAUGGCGACUCCAUGGACUCAGAAAGGGAAGCUCUCAAUCUGGUGACAGAAGUGUCUCAGCGUAACUCCGGUGGAAGUGGCCAGGCGAAUGGCACAUCGAGUUCUCCCAGCUCUGGGGUCAGCAGUCAGGUGACAUCCAGUAACGGCUCCACUGCUGCCGCUGUAAGCGUCAAGGCGGCUUUAGCUGCCAUCCAGGCGGGACAGCUGUCCUUGAAUCAGCUGAUGAGCCUGGGGGCUCAGGGUCAGCAGCUGUUCCUGCAGAACCAGCUCACUGCAGCUGCAGUUGGGCAGAUCCCUUCAUUAACAUCACCACUCCCUAAUCUGGCUGCUCUUGGGCCUCAAGAACUGCAGACACUGCAACAGACACUGCAACAGCAUCAGCAGUCUCUACAGCAGCAGCUCCAGCAGUACGUCUUGUUCCAGCCUGGAACUGGAGCUCAGCUCCCAGCACAAGCCCAGUUCUUCCUUCAGAACCAGGUACAGCAAGCUGUUGCACAAGCAGCUCAACAGUUGCAACAACUUCAGAAACAGCAGCUUCAACAACAGCAACAACAGAACAGCGCUCAUCAGAAUCACCACAGCAGUCCCUCUAAUCAUCAUUCCCAUCAUCACUCAGCCCUAACACAGCAUCAUAACAGUGUGAACCAUCACAAUCAUCAAUCACAACUGCCUCCAUCAGGCCCACAUCAUCACAUUAAAACUCCUCAGUCACGUAUCUUAGAACCAUCACCAGAAGAAACCACAGACCUGGAAGAACUAGAACAGUUUGCAAAGACAUUCAAGCAGCGUAGGAUCAAGCUUGGUUUUACACAAGGUGAUGUUGGACUCGCAAUGGGGAAACUCUAUGGGAAUGACUUCUCACAGACCACUAUAUCGAGGUUUGAAGCUCUGAACCUCUCCUUCAAAAAUAUGUGUAAGCUAAAGCCUCUUCUUCAGAAGUGGCUUGAAGAUGCUGACAACUCACUCAACAAUCCAAACUCCUUGACUAAUCCUCUAACAACACCUGAAGCCAUAGGAAGACGCAGAAAAAAGAGAACUUCAAUUGAAACCAGUGUAAGAGUAGCACUGGAGAAGGCAUUCCUCCAGAAUCCCAAACCUACAUCUGAAGAGAUUGCAUUACUGGCUGAGAGCCUCACCAUGGAGAAAGAAGUGGUUCGGGUCUGGUUCUGCAACAGGCGUCAGAAGGAGAAGAGAAUCAACCCUCCAAGUGCUGCAAUGGGAAGCCCAACCGUCUGUUCAGUGGCUGGUCCAAAUCCUUCCAGUAUGUUUGCUUCUCUUGCCAACUCUCUGGCAGGAGGAUCACUGUCAGCAAUAGGAAGUCCAAUUUCUUUAGUAACAUCAUCAGCUCAUAGCUUUGUUGGAUCUGGAGGACCUCCGAGUGGACCACAGGCACCUGUCCUCAAGACCGAAUGACUGUUCCCUUCAGGUCCAAGAUGAAGCACAUCAGAGUUGCUGCAAGGACUGCCCACAACUGAACAUUCUACUUAUGUAUGUUGGAGUGCAGAAUUAUAUCAAACUCUCAUACCUCGCUCCCGUAUCCAUUCCCAACAAACAUUAGAACAUUUCAUGAAAUGAGGGUGAGAUUAUAUCCAUGAUUGAUAGUUGUAUCGAUGAUGAGAAUAUAGGAAAUAUUGACAGAGUAAUUCCUUUACUUAUAAUGUUUACACAAAACAUAUACUUUUUGUGGUUAAUGAACUUGUUCAUUUUUAAAUAUUAAUGGAAUUUUUAGAAAUGUGAUCAUUCGCUUUCAUCAUCAUCAUUUUUAAAGUGGAGCUGAAUUCCACCCAAACAUACCCUCAGUAUCUGUGAAAUGUUCACCAUUAUUAAUAAUUUAAUAACCUCACAUUACUUGCCCAGCAAGUAUAGAACAGUUAAGAUACUGUAUUUGCAUGAAUUAACAACCAAAGAGAUGAAUGAUAAUGACAAGAAAAGUGAAGAUAAACACGAUCAGUGAAAACAGUGCAAUUUAUCCGGGCCAUGGCUUCUUCAUGAACAUACCAUAAAAUAACCAAAAAUUUAUAAAGAGAAUAUGAGAUUUUGGAACCUCUCAGCAACAAAUUAAUGUAUUUACUCAUGUAGUUGUCUCUUUUCUUUGCCCAGUCUUUUACUUUAAAACAAGGUUGACACAGUUGCAUGUCUUGCCACAUAGUAUGAGAACGGCCAUAUAAAAAUUAACGGAGUCCUCAGAUAACAGAAUUUUAAAUAUAUUUACUAGUUUAUUUUUACAGACUGCUGUGUAACUUUUAAUUCAGUCUGUACUUUUCAUUAUCAUAUUUACUCAUUUUGCAACCAUCCUUUCACCCACCACAGAUGCCAUUUUCGGUCCAUAUAGCCAUAGGGUAUGUGUAUAAGAAUCGGAAUCAUUUUUGUGAAUUUGUAAAAGGAUAAAGUUGCAAAUUCCCCACCCACAUUGUCACCAGCAAUAAAAUGUGGGUGCUAACCUCGUCAUAACGCUGAAGACAGACUCAGGGAAAUGGAAUCAUACAACAUUCCCCAUGAAGAAGAAGUUUACAACCAUGCACUCAGUGAAGAUGUGUUUCUGACAGCAAUUUUGGUUGCACAGUAUAUUCUCCUCUUUCAUUUCCUGGCCCACACUACAAUAGAGACUGCACACUACUACUGCACAGCACCUUAGCACGUGAUGAAUGCCACCCAGAGGAAAUGCCGUGGUUUGCUCACAAGCUCAUGAUUAUGUGAAGGAAUACUUUUCAUUCAUUCAUUCAUCCAUCUGUAAUCUGUCAAGAUGACAGGUCCAGAGUC